UGCCUGAGGCAGCAUUUAUAUCUUUAAAUGAAACGCUGCCUCAGGCAGCGUUUAUUGUACAAGCAUAAAACGCAGCCUGAGGCAGCAUUUUUAUCUGUACAUUAAACGCUGCCUCAGGCAGCGUUUCUUGCGGGAAUUAUAACGAAUUCCAGGCCUUUUUUUCUCAAUCUCUUUCACGCAAUUUACACUCUCUCUCUCACUAACUCUCAUUGUCAGCAACAAAGAACCACAGCCGUUGCCAACGCCUCCCCUGCCGUACCGCCGCCCCUGCCGCCGCCAAAGUGGACGGAAGUUAUUGCCGGCAUUGUCUCACUCACUCUUUAAAUCCGGGUAAACCCUAAAUUCGUAGUACAUUGUUGAAUUUUACAUUGAAUAGUUGGUAGUAGAUAGUUGUUGUAUGUUGUAGCAAAUUGUGAUGUAAAUUUUAUUAAUUUGUUGCUAAUUAGUAAUGAAAUGUGAUAAAUUGUUGAUAAUUAUUGAUGAUAAUGUGGUACAUUGUUGAGGAAAAAUAUAGACGAAAUUGUUGAUUAAAUUGUCGACGAAAUUGUUGAUGAAAUUGUCAAUGAUAAUGUGGUUUGUUUUUGAUGAAAUUCUUGAUGAAAUUGUUGAUGGUAAUGUGGUCUAUUAUUGUGAAAAAAAUGAUAAAAUUGUUGAUGGUAAUGCGGUAUUAGUAUGUUGAUAGUUGCAUACGGUACUAAGAGUUUUUGAAAUUGGUGAUGAAAAUGUUGAUAAUGAGAAUGGACUUGUUUCAUUGUUGUCAUAUUAGCUACAUAUGUAGGUUCUCGAAAUUUGAUAUAACUUUCCAUUAUCGAAGCUAUGUAUGUUAUGUAUUGUUAAAUUAGGGUUUUUUUGACGUUGUUUUAGAAUUCGAUUAUCCUUAAAUGUGUUUUGGUUGGUAUGUAGAAUAUGGCUUCACAAAAUGUAGUGUUGUUAUGCCGGUGGGGAGGUGAAAUUAUGUGCGAUGGAUCAAAUGUUGAGUACAGUGGAGGGAAUAUGGAACUUAUAACACUUGAACCGAACAUGACUGUGAAUGAUCUGAUGAAUGAGGUUCACAGUAGUAUCGGCUCAAACCCAAUGAAUGCUGAACUGAACCUUAAAAUGAGGUGUGAGACUGGGCAUGGGGUUCAAGUGUUACAUGUCUCCACAAACAAACAUUUAAAAGCUUUGAGAAGCAUUGUUAUAAUGAAGGGUGUUCCCAAUGAGAUAUAUGUAGAAACAGUGCCUAUAUGUACCCAACAAAGUACUUGGGCAGAACAACAUCCUACAUAUGUCUCCGAUUACAACACCGCGUCCUUCCAAGGCCCUUCAAACCACAUUCCAUCGAAUGAAUAUGGGAUGGGAACUUUCAGUCGCUUGCUGCAUGAUGAUCAAUUUCAGAUGCCGUUUAGUCCUCAUAUAGCAUCACCUGCACAUGCGGGGGGCUGUGUGACAAUGUUUGGCCAAUCCGGUCCUUCAACAUCAAACACCGUGGCUCCGUCACCGAUGCGAGAAGAGGUUCAAGAAUCACCGUCUCAAGAAGACCCGAGUCAUUUUGAUAAUAUUGUAAAUAACGAAUUGUCGGUGUACGAUGUGUAUGCGGAUACAGAUGAUGAGGAUGAUAAUGGGGAGGAGUAUGAUAGGCUUGAUGACAUGGAUCUUGAAGAUGGGCAGAUGGAAAUUGAUGAGCCCUUGGUUAGAACUGCAGUACCCUGGUUUAGUCAGAUAAAUGAGAAUUAUGAAGUUGAUGAGUAUUGGGCCAAUUCAGGGAGUCAUACAUCAUUUGUUCCAGGGGGAGAAUUCGAGAAGGGGAUGUACUUUGACAGUAAGAAAACGCUUCAAGAAAUGGUGAAGAUGUAUUCUAUACAGAGAAAUCAAUUCUACACCACAGUCACCUCAAAUGAGAGUGUCCUUCAUCUGCGUUGCAAGAAGAAAUGUGGAUGGUCUCUAAGGGGUACCAGGACAAGUGAGCACUCGCGUGGCUUCACCAUACUCACAUACAAAGGUCCGCAUCGGGAGAACUGUGUUACCGAAUUACUAUCUAAUGAUCACCCACACUUGGAUUCGUCCAUAAUAUCUGAGUUUGUGAAGUCCUUUGUGCAGAAAGAUCCGACUCUAAAAGUUGAAUUCAUUCAGGAACUCAUCUCCAAGCAAUUCCAUUUUGAAGUUCCGUAUAAAAGAGCAUGGUAUGCCAAGGACAAAGCCAUCACUCAAAUUUUUGGGGAUUGGGAGAGUUCUUACAGCAGACUUCCUCAGUUCAUGCAAGCACUGCAACAGUCAAACCAGGGAACCGUAGUCAUAUGGAAACACAAAGCUCUAGUGGAGGGUAGGUAUACCAGCAACAUGGAAGUAUUUGAACGAGUGUUUUGGGCAUUUGGUCCUUGUAUCGAUGGUUUCAAACAUUGUAUGCCUGUUAUCUGUAUCGAUGGGACGCACUUGUACGGGAAGUAUAAAGGAACACUUUUGGUUGCUACAGGUGUGGAUGGAAACUUCCAAGUAUUUCCACUAGCAUUUGCGUUGGUUGAGGGGGAAAACAUUUCCAGCUGGUCUUGGUUUAUGAGCUGUCUUCGGGAUAGAGUUACGCAACGAGAUGGCUUAUGUGUUAUAUUUGAUCGACAUGCAGGGAUUAUUGCAGCAAUGAAUGAUCUUAACAUUGGAUUCACUCAACCCCGAGCCUAUCACAGGUUUUGUGUUCGUCACUUGGCUUCAAACUUGAAAUCUCACGUGCGAAGCACCAUCACGAGAGAUACGUUCAAGGCUGCUGCGUACCAAAGACAAGAAAGAAAACUGCAAGCUGACUUGUUUUCGAUUGGUCAGGCAUGUACGAAAUCGUUACAGUAUAUUGCCCAAGUGUCGUUUCCUACGUGGUCUUUGUUUCACGACGGUGGUCGCAGACAUUGGAUAUGUACAACAAACUUCUAUGAGACAUUUAACAAUGUUUUGAAAGGUGCUCGGUUCAUGCCAGUUAUGUCCCUUGUUGAGUUAACUUUCCACAGAGUUAACAGGUACUUCACCUUAAGAAGAGAAUCAGCUGAGACCAGGGCCGAACAGGGACUUGCAUAUCCCCCAAAGGUCACUGCUAUUUUGGAGAAGAACACAGCAAAAGCAAGAUACCACAAGGUGGAUGCCUAUAACAGCCAUAGACACACUGUUAACUUCCAGUUGAGAACCUGUACAUGCAACAAACCCCUGAUAUUCCACCUUCCAUGCUCUCAUGUUCUAGCAGUGUGUGCGACUUAUUCACUGUCCGAGAGGCCGUGGGUGGACCCUUUCCUGCAAUCGGAUGCGUAUAUGAACACGUAUGCACCACAGUUCUGGCCUAUUCCAUGUGAGACCACUUGGACGCAGUACAUAGGACCUAGACUCAUCCCGGACGCAGAGGAAAAGGUCGGCCAAAGUCAAAGCGCAUACGCAAUGAAAUGGAUGACACUAACCGACCUAGGACUAAAUGCAGCCGCUGUCACCAACAAGGUCACAAUCGCAAAACGUGCCCAGCUAGAUCAACCGAAACAUAAGCUUGUAUUUGUUUAGCUAUAGUAGUAGAACAGUAGAUUCAUGUAGUAGUUGAUUAAUGACGUUAUGUAACAUUUGUAACGCUUGGAUUAUAUUUGAGAUUUGGUGACUUAUAUUUCGUACUUGUCUUUUACCUGUGACAGUCAUGUCAAUUUCAUUGACUAGUAAUUCUGUUUUUUAAUUGGUUUGGCCAUAUUGUUUUGAAUGAACAGAUAUCAUGGUCGGACACGAUUGGAUACCAGGACCACUUGACCCUUCUGUCCUUACACUGCAGGAUAGACAUCGGAGUGUUGACAUAUGGGAGCAGACGGUAAUUUCUCACGUGCCAUUUCAUAUACAGAUUUGUCUUGUUUUUUUGUAUACCUGACCCUUAUUUACAGUUUUUAAAUGAAUUACCAGGUGGACAUAGCGGAAAUGUUGGGGUGCAGGCACUUGAGGUCCGGUGGGCAGUCGAUCCACGCGUUCUUCAGUACGUCGACUGGGUUGGCUUUGGUGGUAUUCAUCGCGUGGGCUACAGAGAAAUAGAUCGAGGGCUUAUCACAGCAUUAGUUGAGAGAUGGAGGCAGGAGACACACUCCUUCCAUCUUCCUGUGGGGGAGGCGACAGUCACGCUGCGGGACGUCGCGAUACUCACACGCCUUCCCAUCCAUGGGAAUGCGGUGACAGGAGGUGUGGUACUUGACCCCGCAGGUUUAGUAGGUCGGGUUUUAGGGGUUCAGCUAGAGCCAAACGAGAUCAGGGGCAGCGCGCUGAGGACCGGUUGGCUACGCGACACUUUUGGACAUUUACCUCAGGACGCUGACGACGCCACAGUGCAGAGAUACGCCCGAGCUUACUUGUUCCUGCUCAUCUCGGGCGUGCUCUUUGGAAAUAAGAGCGGAAGCCAUCUUCAGAUUAUUUACCUGCAGCUGUUAGACCACGACUGGGAUGAGAUCCGUGGAUACAGUUGGGGUAGUGCUUGUUUGGCGGUCUUGUAUCGCCAUCUGUGUAGAGCAUCACAGCGUGGAGCACAGCUGAUUGGAGGUCCUUUGGUUGUGCUACAGGUAAACCUCAUCAUUAUCCUUAAGCCUAGUUUGAUAAUGACUUGACGUUAUUUAUGCUUUACCUUUUAUUUGAUUUUUAAAACAGCUAUGGGCUUGGGAGCACAUCCAUGUAGGGAGACCAGGUAGGCCUGUUGUACACCGUCCAGGGCAGCUGGACCAGGACGAUCAGUACGCAGCAUACGAUGCUCCCCCGCUCCCUCAACCCGAUCAGGCAUACGGUUGUAGGUUCGUAACAUUAUACUUGUGUACUCAAAUUUUGUUAUAAUUAGCUAGUACAACUUCUUAAAUAAUUUGUUGCCACAGGUGGGUGGUUCCCAGACUAACACAUGCGCAUACAGCGAGAGGUCUUCUCUACUACCGUGACGCCCUCGAUCGACUCUCGGAUGAACAGGUGGAAUCUUGCACUAAAUUUGUAAUCGUUUGUUUACUCUUUAUACUGUUUAUUGGCAUUGCCCUAACCUAUUUACGAUAUAUCCUUGUUGCAGAUGACAUGGGAUCCCUAUUCUGCUGUGUUGGUAGAGGCCAUGCCGGAACACUUGCUCGAGCAUCGUGCUGAGUGGCUUGCCAGGACCCCCAUGAUCUGUUUCGAGGUCGUGGAGAGCCACCUACCGGACCGAGUGUUGCGACAGUUCGGACUUCACCAGCCUAUCCCCAUGCCCUUGCCCUAUCCCCAUGCCCUGUGACACUAGUAUUCGCCUCCACGGCAUUGACCGUCGUGGAAAGUUGGAGACAAACUGGGCAGGAGCAUCAUCAAUUCAUUGAGCUUUGGGACUAGCGGUUGGAGUCCAUCGUUGACGGUCACCUGUUUCAGGGUGUUAUGGAUCCGCGUGAUCCUUACAUGGUAUGGUACACGCAGAUUACACGCCUUUUCAUCAACCCUACCUACACCCCACCGUCCACGCACUACCAUCCAGCUUAUGAUGUUAUCAGCGGACUUGCGGGGGAUAUGGGUGCGAUGGUUGAUGCACUUUCAGAUGCCUUAGCAGCCGUACCCACCAGAGCCCAGGUUGAGCGGGUGCGAGAUAUGGGCAUACAUAGCUUGCAGAGAUAUGGCCAUGGCCAUCUCGUCCACCCCAGGGACGAUCAUGACCCCAACUCCUUCCAUUCACAGUUCGACUUCGGACUGAGUAGUGGUGGAGGUCAUACUUCGGGCUCCACACAGGCACAUGAUUACUUCAUCCAUAACACCGCUCCCGGCCAUAGCCAGGAUGACUCAUCGUCUCGCCAGCUGACUCCUCCACCGUGGAGACCCAUUCACCACCAUUCAGCAUUACACGAGGCGUCCGAGGCGUGUUCGUAGACGGACGGAGGACACACAGGAUGGAGAUCAGUUAACUCCAAUACAUGAGUCCGGAUAGUAUUAGUUAGUUGAUCCUUUUGUGGUACUUAGAUAUUUAACAAUGUUGUAUAUAACUCUUACAUUAUUAAUACAAGAAAUGUUUUCUAAAUGACUCUGUACAAUUUGAAGUUUAUUUCCCUUAUUUGUCUGAAUUUGACUUUUGUUAGUGAAACUAUAUCUUUUAUAUCCGUUAUAUGUAUCAAGCAGCAUAUAUUUGGUCUCCUGCACUUAAAGUGCUGUUUCACGAUGGUUAUCAUGUUGUUGGGGUUGUUUCCAGUGUUUGAUGGUUGUCGGUGGUGGUCGAUGGUGGUGGAAAGGUUGGGGCUGGUGGUGGGAAUGCUCUUGCGUUGUUUAGGGUGUUUUAUGGUAGUUUAUGGGUGGUUGAGAGUGGCGGCCGGUGGUGGUGGGGGAGGUGGUUGAUGGUGGUGGGGGUGGUGGUUAAUGAUGGGGGUGGUGGGAAUGUCCUUGCGUUGUUUAGGGUGUUUUGCAUUGCAUAGGGGUGGUCGAGAGUGGCGGCCGGUGGUGGUGGGGGAGGUGUUUGAUGGUGGUGGAUGGUGGUGGUUAAUGAUGGGGGUGGUGGGAAUGUCCUUGCGUUGUUUAGGGUGUUUUGCAUUGCAUAGGGGUGGUCGAGAGUGGCGGCCGGAGGUGGUGGGGGAGGUGGUUGAUGGUGGUGGAUAGUGUAGCCUCAGGCAGCGUUUUAGGCUUCAACA